AUGGCUCCUCCUCCUUUGCAAGAUGGGAUGUCGGUGCCAAAUAAUAAUAGUGACACUCGGGCUUCGAUAACAAACAGUAAAAUCCCCGGAGGAAAUGGUGGGGAGAAACCGGAGAAGCUGCUCAUCGAUCCGGAACAUGAAUCUUCCUCCCUUCCUCCCCCCGCGCUCCCGUAUCGCUCGUCGGAUAGAGAUAAUCCAACUGCCCAAAAAUAUGCGGCGCAUCCUCCCCUUUCAAAUCCACCACCGCCGUCAAGUGCGUCUUUAGCAUUCACAGCGCUGAAAUUCCUCCCUACCCCGCUACUCGUCCUAUCACAGGAUAAAACGGUGGUUUUGGCGAAUGAGGCUAUGGGGCGAUUACUGGGGGUGGAACCAAAUGGUCAGUCCACAAAUAGGGUCGGUGGGACAUUACCGGAGCUUUCGAUAACCGAGUUACUCUACGGGAAGGGCUUAGGGGAUCUCCAUUUCGCUGUUCUUCAGCGGAAGUGGCCCUUGUGGGUGAGCUGGGAGCAAUUCUUGGACGUUUUGGCGAGCGAUAUUGAGAGGGGUGAGGGAUUCCAAAAUGCGAAUUCCCUUCUCAAUAUUUCUACAGAAACGCCCCCCUUGUCUGAAGAUCCAUCGGCUCCACAGACUCUGAUACGAGAUGCGGCUAUAGACGUCCUGUUCUCAACGUUGGGUGAUUUUUCGGAGGGCAAGCCGCGUCAGGUGGAGGCGAAGAUGAUAGUCUCUAUAUGGGCGCUGGGCGGGGAGAGAUAUUUCACACUUACGUUCAAUUCCAUGACCCCGUCUUCCAAUACAUUUAACGCGAGCAGUCCCGGUUCCGAAAUCGCCUUCUUCACAACAAAGGGUACGACCGCGGACGGGUCAUGCCAGGCCCCCCAAUCCGGCGCAUCGGUGCCGGAUUUACUACUUUCUGGGGCCCCCGCAUCAUCUGACAUUUCAUCCGUGCCUUCUGUGCUGCAGAAGAUCACGCGAAUGAAAGAUGCUGUGUUGGACGCGAUGGAAAUCCCUGUUUUUGCCAUGUGGCAUGAUGGCUCGAUCGGGAUGGCGAACCGUGCGGCACGGGACUUGCAACCCACCGACAGGAGUUCAGAGAAUGCCGAAUUGGGAACUUUCGCGAGCCGGUACAACAUCUGGACAGAGGACUUCUCGCGGCGGCUCACCGAGGAUGAGGUUCCCAUUGUUCGCCUCUUGAAGAGCAAGAAGGUCCUUGCCCCCCAAAGGGUUGGAACGUUCUCGGCCACCGGGGAUAAAAUCGUAUUCGAUACUUGCGGGGAGGGCAUAUAUGAUGAUGAAACGGGAGAGUUUAUUGCCGGUUUGGUCUGGCUUAGGGAUAUAACCGAGUACGAAGAAAAGCUGGUGACCCAGCAGGAAACGAAUGAGCUACGGUUUAUGACUAUGUGCGACAGUAUGCCACAGCUGAUAUGGACCACCCUGCCGGAUGGAUAUCACGACUAUUAUUCAAAGCGGUGGUACGAUUAUACGGGACUCACUAAGGAAGAAUCUUUGGGAAUGGUAGACAAAUCUAUCGGUUGUCAUCAAGAAGACAUGGAACUUGUAAGCAAGGAAUGGCAACACAGUUUAGCGACAGGACAGGACUAUACCGUAGAAUACCGGUGUCGACGUCGAGAUGGUGUCUGGCGGUGGAUGCUCGGCAGAGCACUACCACUACGUGAUCCGAAGUCUAAACAAAUCAUCAAAUGGUAUGGCACCUGCACUGACAUCCACGAUCUUGUCGAAGCCCGCGAGACUGCCCGUCGCACUCGUGCUCAACUUCGCGAGGUUCUUCAGCACUCUCAAAUAACGCUCUGGGCGAUUGAUCGGAGCAAUCACAUCACACUGUUAGAAGGUGGAGCGAUAUGGGAGGCGGCAAACGCCUCGAAAGCGGUUAUAGGAAGUAACAUUUACGACCUGUUCAAGGAUUGUACAGAGUUUCUUUCCCCGAUAGAGGAUGUCCUUGAAGGGAGGGAGAGGGAAUUGUUCUCCGAGGCCGCGUUACAUGGCAGGUGGCUAAAGACGAAGUACGUCCCGAUACUCGGGAAGAAAGGCAUCGCCGGGCAAUAUGACGUGAGUUAUAUCGGUGGGAUCAUCGGUGUUAGUGUGGAUGUCACGGAGAUACAUAACAAGAGCAUGGAAUUGGAGGCCCGCGAACGAGAGAAUCAGGUGUUAGUUGCGAAUGAGAGUGCCGCAAAGGAGGCGAGUAAGUUGAAGAGUGAAUUUUUGGCAUCCAUGUCUCAUGAGAUCCGAACACCUAUCACUGGAGUAGUAGGAAUGGCAGAAAUUCUACUGGAUACCCCACUUGAAGAAGAGCAACGAGAAUUCGCGGAAAAUAUCCAACGCUCUGCAAACGCUCUCUUAACUGUCAUAAAUGACAUCCUUGAUAUUUCCAAGGUCGAAUCGGGUCGUCUAGACAUCGAGGAAUUCGAUCACACCGUGGACUUUAGCGAAUUUGGCGGGAACAUGACGGUGAUCGGGGAUCCCGGUCGGGUGAGACAGAUUUUAACCAAUUUACUCACAAAUAGUAUCAAGUUCACUCACGAAGGAUUCGUCAAGCUGGCUGUCGGCGUCGAGAAGGAAGACGAGGACGUAAUUGUCGUCAAGUUCGUCGUCAAAGAUUCUGGCAUAGGCAUCGACGAGGAUGUUCAGCAGAAGUUAUUCCAGCCCUUUACGCAGGCUGAUUCGUCCACUGCAAGACGGUUUGGAGGUACCGGGCUAGGGCUGACUAUUAGUAAAAAUCUCGUCGACCUUAUGGGCGGCUCUAUUGGCCUUGCGUCCAGUCUUGGUGCUGGAACAACAGCCCACUUUAUCAUACCAUUUCACAGACCCCAGUAUCAAAAUGGUUUGGUGUAUCCGCCUGAUGUCAGCACGUUGCCAGAUAGGCUGCAGUCAGACUUAUCUGUGUCUUGCCAAUCUUCAGAUUACGGCGUCUCGACUCCCCCCGAAAGUCCUAUCGAUCCAGCAAUCAAGCAGAGGGCAAGAUCCUCCAGCAAUUCGCAGAAAUUGCUGAAAAGGCUUACUCCACCGCUGGGACCGUCCCCUGAGAGUGCGGAAGAGAGGAAGAGAACCCAUGUGCUGGUUGUUGAAGAUAACGACAUAAACCAACAAAUUGCCAUCCGCUUAAUCAAAAAACUAAACUUCUCCGUCUCGGCGGUCUCAAACGGCCUAGAAGCCCUCGAGUUCCUCAAAGAAGCCGCACCAAACGGCGACAUCACCACCUCCCUCUCCUCCACAACCUCCACCCCCCUAUGCCCCAGACGCCCCGACAUAAUUCUAAUGGACGUCCAAAUGCCAGAACUCGACGGCUACAGCGCCACCAGAAUCAUCCGCUCGGGGAAACUCUACUCAUAUCCCUGCGCCCCGAACCGCCACGCAAACGACGUGCCGAUCGUGGCGAUGACUGCGUCUGCUAUUCGCGGGGAUCGGGAGAAGUGCCAGGAAGCGGGUAUGGACGAUUACCUUGCAAAACCGGUCCGCAGCGCGACAUUGGAGAAGAUGCUGUUGAAGUGGUGCCAGGCCAAGAGGAAACCUGCCUCUCCCCCACCUCAGAUUGCGCUAUCGCCACCAGCAAUACGACCGGAAGGCUCUGUCCCAGUUGGUGUGACGGAAAAAGGCAUUGUCGAAUACCCCGAAAUCAAAGAUAUUGGCACUGUAGAGCGCUCGUCGCAGGCCACGCCCCGUGCAAGCACCACCCCGGAUCCUUUCGAUAAAGUAUAUGCGAAUGCCAGCUGUAGUAACGGUGGGGGUGGCGGAAAGUAUGUUCCAGGUGUUGGGCAACGGAAGUCUUGA